CUAGUAGAGUAAUUAUCCGGAGAGUUGCCCAUGUUUUUGGUGUAGAAUGGCAAUCACCAGUCGAUGAAGUGUCGCAUGCACCUCCGGGUUGAGGACGACUUGGCAUCAGAGAUGAUGAUUUGAAGAGUUGCAACGUGCACAACGAGAGUCGCAGCGGCAGAUCCAUGGUUACGGGCCGGUCCCUAGCGCGGGCGGGCAGUCGAGGCCCCGUGACCACCCACCCACCUAGCGACCAACAUAACAUGUCAUCAUCCGUGGGAAUUGGCGGCAUCACACACGUGAUGGAUAAAGGAUGAUGGUGAUGGAUCGCGAUAGCAGGAUGAAGGAAGCUUGCGCACUCUGCUCUAGCAGAAGAGGGCAGAUCGGCGGGCGGCAGUGGUUCGACUAUGAUGAAGCGGCCAUGUAUUUUCCAGAGCAAAACGUCCAAGAUCCGCAAGCGACGGUGCGAUCCCGUCUCACAGCCUCAGCAGCCCCCAAGGCCAAUCAGCUGCGCCAUUCGCGGCCUCGAAACCGGCUAGCCCGCCGACAUGGCGAGCUCAGGGCCCGCCGGAUGCAGAGGGAGGUGGAGAAGCUGCCGCCGCCGCCCAAGCUCCCCCAAGCUCCCUCUCUCUCUCUUCUCUUCACUCCCCCACCUCGCCAUUUGCCUUUUUUUCUUCCCUCUUCUCUCUUACCUCUCUUGUCAGCUGCCAUUCUUCUUCUUCUUCUUCUCCCUCCUCCAGGCUUGACGUAGUGCGACCCUCUCCGCCCAUUUAUCGUGACACCAAGCAGCUGACCGAUCUACAAGAGUACCACUACUACGCAACACCAGCCGGUACCCGCGUACCCACAACCUCAAUCCAU